GUUGGAGGCUGCUCUCCUGCAAAGUCAAUUAUCAGCAAGAGGGAUUUUUGUGCCACCUCGACCACACACACCGGUUACAUCACCUUGUGGUGAGAGAGUGACUAUAAAAGAGAGCUUAGCUAUCAGUCGGUAUCUGCAGUCAGUGGAACAAAAUCUGCUGAAAUGUGGACUACACUACUUUUUGCAGGUGCAGCUCUUCUUGCAGCAGUAACAUCUCCAGCUGCAAGUAACCCAACCUUUCAAGAGACCGGAGGUUGCGAGGCAACGCACGAGCAUCUGUACAAGUACACUGCCAAUGAGGAAUACUUCGGAGACGGAUAUGCUCAAACCUUUGGGAUAACCAUGUACUUCAAAGUUUACUGCUUAUCUGUUGGAACGUAUGGAGACAAGCGAGCGAAAGAGUACGAGUUAAAUGUCACCAAGGCAGAAGGGGCGGAACCGUACUGGACACGGAGGAAACUGAGGAACAACAAGCACAGGACGAUUACAAUGUCCGACUGCAAGGAUGGUUCCACUUUGUUCAGACGGAGGAUGGAUCAAUUCCAAUCAUUCGUCAUUCUAAAGAGGAAGAUGGAGAGGUUAUCAACACGAAAAAGGCAAUUGUUGCAGCGUUCCAGGCAAACUUCAUGGGAACAGAACAGAAGGAAGAAGCCGAUCCCCAGUCACUGCAUACAUCUCACUACACGUACGAAGUAAGUGCACAGGAUGUGGAAAAUGGUGUUCUUCAAAUGCAUCGCACAGUAAAUUCGGCGGAUAUUGGAGCCUACACCUCUCAUAUACCUGGUGCAGAGGCAAACCUGACUCCAAAAGACGACGUAGAGGACGAUAAUCUAGAGGCAAUGCCAAGAGGGAAGAGACACGAUGCAGCAGAAAUGGCAUCUCCUGGUGACCCUGAUGAAAUCAAGUCUUUCGAUCCAGAAAUGAAGACAAAUCACUAUGAGUCAAAGGGGACAUACGUUUGUGACCUAGUGGGUACGCAACGCCGUCUAUUGCGUCGGAGAAGAAGUGACGAUGGCAUCAAACAAGGGGAAUAUGUGGAAAACUCGCUCUUGGCAUUCAUAAAUAAAACUCGCAAAGCAAUGGAGAAGAUGGUUGAUUUACGUCAUGAACUUGGGGGCGAUGUGAAACAUUCGUUGAGGGAGCUAUACAAAAACACAAACAACACUGAGAUUGCGCACAAUAUUGAAAGUUUGGUGAAGCUAGAAGCAGAGUAUGGACCACUACCACAAUAUUCUCCAGCCAUUGAUGAUGUAUUGGAUUAUCUUAAAGAGCUUCAUGGAUCAAUUGUCCGUAAGGACAUCAAGAUGAGGUUACUCCUAUACUUCAUUAUCAGUCCGGAAGGAAGUCUGCGAUCGCAAAUGGCUCUGCUCGAUGCCCUGGAAACUGCAGCCAAUGACGAUGAAUUGGAAGCCAUCGUCAUGUACAUAGCCAUGGUGGCUAAUCCGCAGCCUCAAAUGGUCAAUGAACUCGAGAAACUCAUAACGUCUGAUGUUCACUCCACUGACCCACUCCUCUUGGCUUACGGCGCCAUUAUUCCCAAACUUCUCAGAACUCCACCAGCGAAUGGUUCUCUUCCUCGUCGAUCGACUCCCAGAGGCCGAGAGGAAUACCACGUCACUCCUUCACCACAUUCUCUCUCUCGGAAACUCGGCUCCCCCAGCAUCUCCAGCUACCUCAUUGACUAUCUCAACCACCCCGAGAGCAACACCUACUCGCACAACCACACUGUGAACGAGGACCACCUGACUGUGAUAGCCAAGUCUCUGGUGUAUGGGUGUGAACGAGCAAAGAUUAACUUUGAGGAAGCUCCUUUCUCCAGCGACUUUGCUGAAGCUCUAGUAGCACUAGCUAUGAACAUCCCCAAUGAAGAACUGCACUCAGCUCUUUCCGAAUAUCUAAAAGGUGUCAACACACCAGAGUCCAUCGAACUACUUCAGAUCUUAAAGUUUCACCGAAAUCCAGAUUUUUUCGACGACAAAACAAACACAACGCGCUUCCGAAGAGGAUCGACAUGGGAUGAAAGCAAUCCAGACUACAACAUUGUUUCACCGCUCUCAGUGCGUCGGAAUGACGUUCAAACGUACCAGAAUAGACUCGCAUUCAUCUGGGGUAAAAAGUUUGGCGGAUCAGAUAUAAAUGCCCAAGUUGGGGCAGGUGGAUUUGUUGGAAUAGCCAACAACGGUGACUACAAGCUAUUUGGAAAUGCCGUAGCUAGAGCUAACUGCUACGAUCGCUCACUUACCAUCCUGCAGUUUUUGGUCCUGCGUGAGAAGGACUCCAGCUCAACGGAGAGUAGGUUCUACGCCGUCGUAAUGGGGAACACUCUGAGGAACAUUCGGCUAUCACAAGACGCCAGUGUGUGCAAAACUCUCGAUCACUCGCUUUACGAAGGAAAAGAGUACACUAUUUUCGACUUUACAUACAGUAUCUUUGUGUAUGUUGGCACCCUCAAUUUCAACCUCAAGGCAACAGUACAGUUUACGUCUGGGAUGUCCAUAGAGUUUUGUGAGAACCACGGAAGUUUGAGUGUUGCUGCUGCACUCAAACCUACCCUGACUAUAAAGGUUUCGGCCACUGGAGACCUAGAGAUUGUAUUCGUGGCCAAAGCCGGCCUCACACUGACGGCGACAUUCAACUACCAAGUUCUGCCAGAAAUCUCUAGCGAGCUGUGCUACAAAGAGUCGCAGAUAAGAGUGAAGAACUGCAUCGGAAUCUACCACCAGUGGGCGGACAAUACACUCGAGCUGUAUGCGUGGUAUGCCUGGAGAGGAAAGUGCGGUUGGUGGCCCUGCACUGGUAGUGAUGCUUACAAGAAUAGGAUCAAGAUAGGUGCUCUUUCUAUCUCAUGGGAUCUUCCCGGAACAGACAAACUGACCCUGUGGGAGACCUGCGACCAGCAAUAUGAAUGCUAAGCACAGAGGGAAAAGACGUGACAUUGCGUGACUAUUUUAGAAGUAGAAAGACACUCAGGAUAGGUUUUGUAGGAGAUUUUCUCAAUGGAAAAGACAUGACAGUGCGUGACUAUUUUAGAAGUAGAAAGACACUCAGGAUAGGUUUUGUAGGAGAUUUUCUUAAUACUCAACAUGAUAUUGAUUA